AUUAACCACCAAGAAGUGAUCCUUUGGUUUAGUUUAAAUGUUAGAAGCUAAGCAAAGACAGUAACUUCCAACAUCAAACAGUGAAAACCCCCUGAAUUUAAUUGUGUUGUGUUACUGGGUGAGCAUGUCCAGACUUCAGGGUCUGAAGGUUUUUAUCAGCCAGCGGCUCACUGCAGCUGUGGACGACAUACUCGGACAUUUAGAGAAAACAAUACAAGAGUAUGAAGAAGAGACGGAGCGCCGCCAUCGCGACUUUCUGGAUGUGGUUUUAACGGCUGAAAUGAAGCAGCACAGAGCAGUGCUCCCUGCAGACAUCCAGCAGCUGUUGGUGGGGAAAGAAGAGGCUACCAUUGAGCAACAGCAAGAUAAGGGCUCUAGUCUGAACCACGAGGACCCAAAGCCACAACUCAUACACAUUAAAGAUGAACAGGAGGAGGUUGAUGUCACCAAGAUAACAUUCAGUCCUAUUCUUGUGAAAAGCGAAGAUGAGGAGGAACCGCAGUCUUUACAACUUCAUCAGAACCAAACUGAGGAGAACAUAAUUAAUCUGGAGGAAGAGGACUGUAGACGAGUUGAAUCAGAUACAGAUUGCAAGAAUGAAGUCACUGUUGAAUGCAAUGCAAUCCGGGAGCCUCCCUCAAGAGUAGAUCAUGAAAUUCCUUCAAACGAUACUAGAUGUAAUAACUGGAACUCAUUUAAAUGCUCUGAAUGUGGAAAAAGAUUUGGGUCCCUUAGUUAUCUCAAGUUACACAUAAGAUGUCACACAGGGGAAAGGCCUUACAGGUGUCCUGUCUGUAGGAAAUGCUUUUCAUGGAGAGGACGCUUACAGAAACACAUGAGAAUCCACACAGGGGAGAAACCUUUCAGGUGCUCUGUGUGUGGUAAAAUGUUCAGUGAAAGUGGAAAUCUUAAAGUGCACAUGAGGAUUCAUACUGGAGAGAAACCUUUCAGCUGCGCUGUGUGUGGGAAAAGUUACGCACAAAGGGGAAAUUUGAAAAUGCAUAUGGCAGUACAUAAAGGGGAGGCAAUAUUCGGCUGCAGCCUUCAUCAGUCCUCGCAGCUUCAUCACAGCCACACAGAAGAAAAGAGAAAUUCUUUAAGGGGACCAGAAUCAGUAAUGGACUCUGAUCCAAAUGGACAUUUACAAGCAGGCACUACACUCGGUUUUCAUAAUGGGACUGGUAACAGUGGCAUUUCUGUAAACUCUGUGGGAUGUACAGUCUGCAAAAAGCCAUUCAGCUGCUCUGAAUGUGGGAAAAGGUUUGGCUUUAAGGGACAGUUAAAGGCACACAUGAGAUGUCACACCGGAGAAAAGCCUUUCAGGUGUCCAGUCUGUUGGAAAUGUUUCUCUUGGAAUGGAUGUUUGCAGAAGCACAUGAAAAUUCACACAGGGGAGAAGCCUUACAUAUGCACAGUGUGUGGUAAAGGUUUUGUUGAAAGUGGAAACCUUAAGGUUCACAUGAGAAUCCACACAGGAGAGAAACCAUUCAGCUGCUCAAUAUGUAGUAAAAGAUACAGACAGAAGGGAAGUCUUACAAAACAUCUUGAAGUUCACAGAGAGUAAAAAUGAUUUAAGUGCUUUUUUGGUAAACAUGUCAGAAACUAUCCUUUCUGGGGUCAGUUGCAUUCUUUGAAAAUGCAUUUUUUCUGUAGCCAUUUCAAUCUAAUAACUUAUAAAAAAAAUUGUGGAAAAACUUGAAAUGCUUAUGUUUUAUUCUG